CAGCUCUCCUUGUCACAAUGGAGGCACAUGCGUCAACGCCAGUGGCUCAGCGGCUUCUCCUUCCUGUUUAUGUCCCUCUGGAUUUUCUGGGGACUUCUGUGACAUCGGUGUUGACAGCUGCCAGCCUAACCCUUGCCUCAACGGUGGCAACUGUACAAACCACGGCCUCGUUUUUACAUGCGCCUGUCCACACGGCUUCACUGGCUUCACGUGUAACGACACCACCAGCCUGUCUCCCUGCGCCGGCCGGCCCUGCGCCAAUGAGGGAGCGUGCGUCGGCCAGCCUGAUGGAACGUUUCGGUGCACUUGCCAGAAAUGGUUUACAGGUCCCACGUGCUCCCUGCAUCACAGACCCAAGACCAGAUCCAAGCCGGCUGCUGCCAAGCCAGUGGACCACAGAGUAUUUGCUCUGACUCCGCAGCACUACUCCCUCCCUGCUCACGCCUUUCACAAGCUGCUCAGACCGCCGGAGAGGGACCUGCUUAAGAUCACCCUGAAGGAGACG